CCCAUUGCGCUGCCCGGAGCCGAGGCUGCUGCGGGAGUCAUGGUGGGGUCCGCGGCCCACGCUGCGGCCGUAGAAGAGCGGAGAAAAAAACUCCAGGAGUAUUUAGCAGCCAAAGGGAAGCUAAAGUGCCCAAAUACCAAGCCUUAUCUCAGAGACCAGAAACAGUGUCCAAAGCCAUCAGCCUCUAGAUCUACUACUAGACCAAAAAAUGACCCAACCAGAUGGACACAGUCGCAUGCUGCUGGGAGGCCCGCUGGCAAUGUACUCCAGCCGGGAUCUUCCAAUGUGGAUGGAACCCAAAGGCCAAAACCAGCAGCCCCAAAAAUUCCAGGUAAAGGACCAAUUACAAGCCACCUUUCCUCCAAGCCUGACUGUAAACUCUCAGGGAAUGGCCACGUCCACCAUCAGCAGAAGACGACAUCUUGUACUGUGCAUAAGCUAACUAGAAAGUCUGUGACAUCAAGUGAGACCCAGUGCAUGAGGAGGCUGACAGAGCAGAAUACGACAGGUCACAGAAUUGCCAGAUGGAUGGACCCUGUGACUGAGCCCCAGGCUGAAAACCAGCUCUUGGAUGACCUUGCAAAGGAGACCGACAAAGAGAACCGGCCACUCCCAACCACCCAGGAGCCAAAGAGGAAACCAGAAACUGGGUUUUGUAACAGAGCUAAAUCAAAGGCCAGGUCAGACAAUCCCCUCAAAAGAGGCUUGGCUGCAAAGCAGGCUGUGGACAAAGGUUCCAAGGACAGCGUCCUUCUGAAGGACCAAGUUAACAAACCAUUUGUUCACAGGAUUCAAGGCUGGGUUCCCACUGGCAAGCCCCAGCAACAGCUCCCCAGGGGGACAGGUUGUGAAAGACCGGGAGACCAAAACCUAAGGACGGUUCAUUCUCACUGGGCUCCGAGCCUUGCUAGGACUCGAGAAUCAAAGAAACAAGUCACCAAGAAAGAGGAUGGAAAAGUCCACAAAGUCAAAGAAGAAGGGCACAAUAGAACAAAAUCACAAGAAAAGGCCGUCAUUCAACAGACUGUGGAGAGAUGCCUCCCAAAGGUGUGCCGGAUGGGGCCACAGGUGGGAAAAUUCAAUAGAUGGCAUCAGGGUAAGCAAGAUGUAAAGGUGAUGCAGCCUUGUACCAAAAGGAAGCCAUCUGUAAUGGCGCCCCCAUCAAGAACCACAAUAAGACACUCUCACCUGACAGGCGGCACCUCAAAAGUCCACACACAGGGACCUACAAAGAAUCAGUAUAAUUAUAGCUCGAAAAGAGAGCCACAGACUCUGGACUCCAAGGCCAAAAGGACCGUGCCCCAGAAUUGUUCUUUGACAGACUUGACCCCCAAAGCCCAGCCCGGUGUCAGCCAGACAAAGCCGACCACAAGGAAAGGAGGAAUGCAAAACCCAGCUUUGCUGGAAGCACCCAUAACCCAAGUCAAGCCAAAUACCCAGCGGAAGAGAUGCGAGGAGGAUAGAAGGAAAAAGCUGGAAGAAUGGUUGGCAUCCAAAGGGAAGACCUACAAGCGUCCCCCGAUGAAAUUUCUAGCACAAAAUAAAAACAUGCAGAAACUCAACCUUUCCUUCUGGAAGAGCAUAAAAGAGGAGGAGGAAACAAAGAAAGCAGAGCAGGACUUGUCCAGCAAAAUCAACAGCACCCUGGCCGAGUGCCUGAAGCUAGUGGAAGAGGGUGCCCGCUCUGAUGAGAUCCUGGCUAUUCUCUCUGGCUUUCCCGAGGCUGAAAGGUUUGCCACGUUCUGGAUCUGCAAGGCCAAGCUGCUGGCGAGGCAAGACAGCUCGGAGGUGGUGGGGCUCUACGAAGCUGCUGUCCGCUGUGGGGCUGAGCCGAUACAAGAGCUGCGGGAUGUCGUCCUCAAGAUUCUCAAGAGCUCCAAGAAGACAACAGAAGGAGUUACCAGUGAAACCAAUUCUACAUCUGUGAAAGAGACAGCAAAGGAAGAGCUGUCCCGAGAAUCCUAUUUUCUCACUCCAAGAGUGAGAGUACAAGAGGGAGAUGCUCCCCAAUUAGACAAGAAGAAUAAGGACAAUCAUUUGAUGCCACGUAUCAAGUUGCAGGUCACCCCCUUGCCAAGGACCCCGGGAAUGCCUGCGAUACAAGCCGUGAAGCUUGUCACCCCUGUGCGGCGCUCCCUGAGAAUCGAGCACGCGAGGCCUAACUACCCCGACCGGCUUCAGGAGCACGGCACACUGGUGGCCUCCCUCGACCAGCUGCCGAUGGUGACAGAGGCCGACUGCUUCAUCUACUGUAAGAACGAGGCUCUGCCCGAGGAGACCGAGCUCCAGAUCCUUGCGGCAUCGUAGCCGCGGCUCCCCUGGAAAGGGACUUGAUGCUUCGGAAAGCCUGGCGGGAGCCCUGCGCUGGCUGGGGUCGAGCGGCCGGGAGGACUGGCAUUCGCUGGGUUUCAUAACCUGCGUGCAUUCCAUAGCAUGAGCACGGACUGAAUGAUGCUUCAUGAGACAGUGUUGGAAAAUAUAUGAACUUCACGUCAGUAAGUAUUUCUUUUCUCUUGCUGGUUGUUGAUGAUGCAGCGCCUUAAGUUUGACCUGCACUUUAUGACCACCGGGUCACUUGGUCCUCACGAUGGCUGCAGGAGGGACGGGGCUCAAACACGAUUGUCCCCAGGCUUGUGUUCAGGAAGGGGCCGAGCCCAGGAUUUGAACCCAGACCCUCCUGCUUGGGUUCCAUUGUGCCUUCUGGCACACCAUGACCCCUGACUACCCAUAGGCUGAGGCAGAAGUCACGCUCUCUCAGCCGUGAAUCACAGACUAUUCCAUUCAAUCCAACAAGCAACUACUAUGUGCCACGCACCAGGCCGCACACUAGGGAUACAAAGGCCAAAGCAAAGGAGGCCUCGCCCUCAAGGAACUCACACCAAAUACAAAUGAUGCAAAGGGCAGCAGGACAAGGCGCAGUGCGUGUAACUGGGAGGGAAGGCCCUCAGGUGAGACGAGGAGAGUAGGGAUGAACAACCAUCAGAACAAGAGCACGGCCUCUGGACCAGGGAUGAGGAUGAGAAGUGUGUCUGAAUGACGGCAGAGACAAGCCCCUGAUGGAGGUGGGGCUGCUGCGGAAAUGAUCCAACUCUCAGCACAGUCUCAUGUGUCCAUUAGCGUAAAAGGUGGA